AGUUAUUAAAACAAAUUAAAAUAUAAGAAAGAAAAGUUGAUUUAGAUGUAAAAAAAGAAUCUAGCUCUUAAUGAGCAAAGUAGCUAGUUUAUGAAAAGGCUUAAGUAUAUAAAUAUGAUAAAUCAACCUAAGUAAGAAUAUUUUAAUGUAGUCUUAUCAAAAAUUAGCUUAGUCAAAAAUGCUUUACAGAGUGAAUAAUAAAACAAUAUAAAUUAAUAGAUUUAAUAAAAUACUCAAAUAAAAUAGUAAAAUCCGCAACAAAUAUAUUAAAAAUAAUAAAUUCAAGCAUAAAAUAAGAUGAUUCCUGAGUUAAAUUUCCAAUAGGAAGUAAAUAUUUUUAACGAAAAAGCCAACAGAGAUAAAAAAUAUUUAUUUCCUAUCGAAACUUAGCAGAACAAUUAAGUUUAUUAGAAUAACUAUUAAAGUAUAAAAAAAUAGAAUUUAUUUGAAAAUUAUGAGUCUUCUCCUCGUAAGAUUUAGUAAAUGGAAUUUAAUUCUAAUGUGUUUCAACAGGAUUUGAAUAAAGAAGAUAGCUUUGACUAAAUUAAUGCUGGUUACAUAGAAUUUAAUUAAAAUUAAAACUUAGAUUUGAGACCACGAAAUUUAGCUGACUAAUUUAUGAGACAUUCUAAAUUAGAAUAAGUGAAAAAACCUGAACAUAUAUAGCUUUAGAAAGAGAUACUUGAAAACAAAGAUCAAAAAUUAUUAUAAAAUUAAAAUAAGAAAAUAAAAUAGUAUGUUAAAACUUAGCAAGAAUAGCUAGAAGAUAUCUAAAAUAACUAGUAGACUCUACCAUAAAAUUAAUAAAUAUAAAAUGGAUAAAAUUUAUUUAAAAAUAUAGUUCGAUAAGAAGGUAGUUAAUAAAAUAUAAAGUAAAAUAUAAUACAGUAAUAAAACAAGGAACAACAAAAAUAUAUAUAAAAUAAUUAUAAAAAUUUGUGGAAUGAUUUAGAAAUAGAGAUAUUAACUGAAAUUCUAGGCUAUUUAAAAAUAGACACAGCUUAAGUUGAUCAAUUCUUUUAGAAUUUGACAGAAGAUUAUAAUAGAAAAGCUAAAUAAAAAGGCCUUUUAUAAAGAAGUCAUAAGGAAAUAUUUGAAAAGAUUAAACAUGAUUCUUUUUUAAUUUAUAAACAUGAAAAAUAAAAAGAAAAAAAGACAUACAAACAUUUAAUUGAAAAAUCAUUGACAAGUUUUAUCUGA